AUGCCAUCCCCCGAAAGAUCUUCAAAGCAACCAUCGCCUUCAACAGAACACGAGUCAGGUCGCCGGGACCACCGCAGCCGCCAUAACCACGGCCAAUCGCAUUCGCAUUCGCAUUCCCAUCGGCACCGACACCGCGAUCACUCGCGCUCUCGCUCUCCCCACCGAUCGGACCGCCACCGAUCUGAGCGUCAUCAUCGACAUGGUCAGGAACGAGGGGACCGCCGAGAACGAACAGAGAGGGAUCGUCAUGACAAACGAAAAGGAGACGCCCCAGCGCAGCCCGUGGUCCUCCCGUGCCAGGCGCGCGAGCUCUCACGACGGGAUUUGGAGGCCUACGAGGCGAUGUUUGCAAUGUACUUGGACAUACAAAAAGGACUGCUCAUUGAAGAUCUGUCAGAGGAGGAGGUGAAAGGGCGGUGGAAGAGUUUCAUUCGCAAAUGGAAUCUUGGUGAACUCGCCGAGGGAUGGUAUGAUCCAGCUACACUAGAAAGAGCACGCAAGAGUGCUGCAGAAUAUCAACCCGGCCCAACAGAGAGGGCAUCGCCGGACUAUGGACGAGGUGGUCCAUCCCGGGAUGUGGGAGCGGCGCCGCCAGCGAGCCAUGACGAGGACGAUGAGGAAGAAUACGGGCCAACAUUGCCGGUCCCAGGGUCUACGAGAGAUGUCAGCCAUUCUGGCCCAACUAUACCGAACAUGCAAGAUCUUGAACUCAAGCGCGAAACUGCAAUUGAAGACGCAACUGCCGCCCGCGAAGACUCACGACAACAAUACCGCUCCGAAUUGCGUUCUCACAAGGCCGAGAUACGCCAUCUCGAAGACGAAAUCACCCCGCGAGCCGAACCUGGCACCCGAGAGCGUCAGCUUGAGAAACGCCGGGAAGCCGCUGCUGCGAAUCGUGCCUUUGCCGAUGCUCGUGGGGGUUCACCAGAAGCAGCUCCCGACGCGGAGAUUAUGGGGGAUAAUGACUUUGCAUCUCUUAAGAGAGAGAAAGAGAAGGAGCAGCGGAAGAAGAAUGAGCGGGAGAUUCGACGGGAGGAGAUUAUGCGAGCUCGGGCUGCGGAGCGAGAGGAGCGAGUGCAGAAGUAUAGGGAGAAAGAGGACGAGACUAUCGGUUGGCUGCAGGCGUUGGCGAAGCAGCGGUUUGGCUAG